UAUAGCAAGUGUGACUCGUAUAAUUUCUAUCUAAAACUUUUUUUCUUUGAAAUAGUUGCAAUUGUUAACACUCGGUAACAUACUCCGUACUGGGAGUCUGGAAACAUACAAAUUAAGGGAGUCAAGUGCUUGUUGUGUUACAGUUUAUUAUUCUUCAAAAAUAUGGCAUCUACUAUCGUCUCAGGAGAUAGGCCGACGACGGGCCACCGUAUGUCGCAUCCAGACCCUGGAGAAGAAAUCUUCAUCACCGGCAUUUCCGGCUACUUCCCGGAUUCGGACUCAGUUGUACACUUGCAAGAGAAUCUGUUUAAUAAGGUGGACCUCAUAUCGGGGGACAACCGUCGUUGGAAGAUGGCGCACCCAGAGAUCCCGCAACGUACCGGCAAAAUAAAUAAUAUCAAGAAAUUCGACGCAUCCUUUUUCGGUGUGCACUAUAAGGAGGCACAUACCAUGGAUCCUAUGAGUAGAAUAAUUCUGGAGAAAACUUAUGAAGCUAUAAUCGACGCUGGUCUGAACCCAAAGGAACUGCGCAACACCAAGACUGGCGUGUUCGUCGGUGCGUGUUUCUCGGAAUCGGAGAAGGAAUGGUUGUAUAAUAAAAUGCAUAUCAAUGGGGUCGGAAUAAUUGGCUGCUCCUUAGCCAUGCUCACCAACCGUAUCUCUCAGUGGCUUGGAGUUACUGGUCCUUCCUAUAAUGUGGAUACAGCUUGCUCCAGUUCUCUGUACGCUAUUGAACAUGCAUUCAAAGCCAUACGAGAUGGCCAUUGCGAUGCAGCCAUUGUUGGAGGAUCGAACCUGUGUCUUCAUCCUAACGUAUCUUUGCAGCUGUCUAGACUCGGUGUAUUAUCAGCUGAUGGAAGGUGCAAGUGCUUCGACGAAAGUGCAAAUGGUUAUGCCCGUUCUGAAGCAAUUGUUGUUUGUAUACUUCAGAAGGCUAAGGAUUCAAGAAGAGUCUAUGCCCAAGUAGUCCACGCGAAGACUAACUGUGAUGGGUAUAAAGAAAAAGGUAUCACCUACCCAUCUGGUGAAAUGCAGAAGUUACUCCUCAGAGAAUUUUAUGAAGAGUGUGCUAUUCCACCCAGCAACCUCGAAUUCGUAGAAACACAUGGAACAGGUACAGUAGCUGGUGAUCCCGUAGAGCUCGAAGUUGUUGGAGACAUAUUCUGUACUGAUAGACGUGAUCCUCUAAUGAUAGGAUCUGUUAAGUCUAAUUUAGGACACACUGAAGCAGCAUCAGGUCUUUGUUCUAUUACGAAGAUGUGCAUCGCGUAUACAACAGGAUAUAUCCCUCCUAAUAUAAACUUUAAAGUUCCAAGAAAGAAUAUACCACAUCUUCAGGAGGGAAAACUCAAAGUAGUGACUGAAAAGCAACCCUGGGGCAGAGGAAUGGCUAGUAUCAACAGCUUCGGUUUUGGAGGUGCCAACGCCCACAUUUUGUUAAAAAAUGCUGCGAGAUCGAAGAUCAACAAUGGAAUGCCAUCAGAUGAUUUACCUCGAUUGGUCUGCGUAUCGGGUCGCACCGAAUCUGCUGUAGCUAAGAUUCUAGAUGACCUAGAGUCGAAGACGGUUGACGUUGAACUUGUUGGACUUUUACACGCAAUACAUGAUGAGGAUAUUGGUGGCCAUUUUUUUAGAGGAUACACUUUAUUAGAAUCAACUCCAGCGAAAAGCGUGUCACUAGCUAGGAACAUCCAAUACUUCUCCGGUGUCCGUCGUCCAGUGUCCUUCGUAUACUCGGGUAUGGGUUCUCAGUGGGCAGGAAUGGCUACACAACUCAUGAGAAUUCCUGCAUUUGCUGCUGCUAUUAAAAAGUGCCACAAGUCUUUGGAGUCUAAAAGCAUAAAUUUGACUAAGCUCAUAACUGAAACAGACCCUAGGAUACACGACAACAUCCUCAACUCUUUCAUCGGUAUCGCCGCUGUUCAGAUAGGUCUUACGGAUGUUCUGAAAGCUGUUGGGAUUGAGCCCGACUUCAUUAUUGGUCACUGUGUUGGCGAGUUAGUUUGCGCUUACGCAGAUGGCUGUUUCACAGCGGAACAGACGAUUCUCUCAGCAUAUUAUUUCGGUUUGGUAACUGCUGAAACUCCAUUUAUUAAGGGAUCUAUGGCUGUUGUAAACCUUGGAUAUAAGGAUAUAAAAAAGAAACUUCUAUCUGAAAUUGAAGUAGCUUGCCACAUUCGACCUGACUCUUGCAUAAUUUGUGGGCCAGCGGAUAAAAUUAAGACUUUUGUUGCCAAACUGGUAGCGCAAGGAAUCUGUGCCAAGCAGGUAUCUUGCAAUAACAUCGCCUACAAUUUGAGAUACAUCGCUGAAGCCAGGUCUACACUUCUAAAGAAUUUAAAGGUAGUGAUUCCAACACCAAAACUACGUUCUGAGCGCUGGCUUUCCACUUCUAUUCAGCAGGACUUGUGCAAAGGUCCCAAAACUGAGAUGUCUUCAGCUGAAUACAUCAGUAAUAAUUUUCUAAAUCCAGUGCUGUUUGAGGAGAUGGCUCGCCUAAUUCCUGACAAUGCGAUUAUUAUAGAGAUUGCGCCAGAUUGCCUCCUGGAGGAAAAUUUACGUAAAUAUCUCAAGAAAGAUAAUAUUAAUACUUCACUCACUGAGAGAAAUAACCCAGACAGCGUACAAACUUUAUUCACGGCCCUGGGCAAGCUUUACGAAGUCGGAUUGAACCCGCACCUCGCCAAUAUUUACCCGACCAUUAAUUUUCCUGUGUCGCAAGGAACUCCGAUGCUUUCACACCUGGUUGAGUGGAAGCACAAUGAAGAUUGGUACGUAACAUACUACGGAGGCAAAGUUCAGAUGACUUCAAGUGAGAGGGCGGUGGUUAUGUCCAUUACAGAUGAAAUGAGCGAGUUCAUGGUCGGUCACGUUAUUAAUGGUUGUAACCAGUAUCCUGCAACCGGUUACUUAUUGAUGGUAUGGGAGAGCCUUGCAAUGAUGAUGGGAGAGAUGUUCACUGAAGUUUCCGUGGUGUUCGAUAACGUACGAUUCCAAAGAGCUGUUAAUAUCCCUAAGCAAGAAAGUUUAGAGUUCAUUGUUAUGAUUCAGAGAGGAAGUGGACAUUUUGAGAUCGUUGAAAGCGGAGCAUCUAUUGUCACUGGAACUAUUUACGCAAAGAAGAACGUUGGACAGGAUUACCAUGUGCUUCCAGUUGAGCCUGAAUCCACAGGACCCAAUGUUAAACAUCUACUCACAAAGGAUUUCUACAAGGAGUUACGUCUUAGAGGCUACCAGUAUAGCGGCUACUUCCGAGGUGUAAUCAAAAGUAACGUGGAUGGCACACGUGGUUGGCUGGCCUGGGUCAACAACUGGGUCACAUUUUUGGACUGUAUGAUGCAGAUGAAGCUCAUUGGUAAUGACACCCGAGGACUUUUCGUGCCUACCAGAAUUGAUAAACUAUGUAUUGAUGUUAAUAUGCACUAUGACGCUUUAUCGAAAAUGAACCCUAAUUCUACAAGCCAAGCGCUUGAAAUUAGGGUUAAUCCUACUAUUGACGUUAUCAGAGCUGGUGGUGUAGAAUUUCGAGGUUUACACACCACACAAAUUGCAAGAAGGAUUCCUUCUCGUAUACCUGUUUUAGAAAAAAACAUAUUCAUCCCUAACUUCGGAAAGGCUAAGAUGAAGAUUGAAGACAUCCUCAGAAGCAAUGUUCAGCUCAUUCUUGAAAACAUACAAAUAUACAAAUUUAAAAGCAUUGAAAUUGUUGACGAUGAAUAUAAAACUGCUGGAUUUGAACCUAUACUAGAUAAAGUAGCAGACGUCUUAGGUGAACUGCCUUUGGUACAAGCUGAACUGUCUGUUUUGUCUGAGGAUCCUAUCGAAUUGCCAUCAAAUAUUUCUGUGAAAAAUAAAAAAAAUAUUGGAGAAAACAAUAUUCUAGUACUUAUUGGUGCUAAUCUGCUGCAGAGACUUGAAGUACUUAAGGAUGCGUUUGCAUCUCUAUGCGACAGAGGGUUUAUCAUGAGCCGUGAAAAAGAACCAAUUAAUCCAAAAGAUUUUUCCGAAAACUACGACAUCAUUACCGUACAAGAUUCUGGAUUCGAAUACGUGGUCCUCUUCAGAAAACGAGAGCGUGUAAAGUCAGCUACAUUUCUUAAUAUCAUCUCAAGCGACGAAACAUACGAUUGGAUAGACAAAGUUAAGCAAGGUCUUAAUGUUGAACAAAAAGUGGUUUUAUAUAGUCAAAAUGAACCUGUAAAUGGACUAUUAGGUCUAAUUAACUGUCUGAGAAAAGAACUUGGAGGUGAAAAGAUAUAUGGUGUAUUAAUUACCGAUCCUUCAGCUCCAUCAUUCAAUCCAGAAUUAAAAUUCUAUGAAGAGCAGCUAAAUAUGGAUUUGGCUAUCAAUGUUUAUCAAGACGGUCAAUGGGGCACGUACCGUCACUUACUCCUCGGUGACUUGGAUACAGUCAAGGCCCACCACGCCUACGUGAACAUAGUCACUAUUGGAGACCUCUCCUCACUGACCUGGCUGGAGGGACCCAUAAGAGUUAAUCAAGUUUGUAAGAACCCAGAAAAUGUUCUUGUACAUGUAUACUGUACGACUUUAAACUUCCGCGACAUAAUGGCGGCAAUGGGGCGCGUGUCGGUCGAUGCCGUCGCAAAAGGCAGGCUUGCGCAAGAGUGCGUGCAAGGGCUUGAGUUUGUCGGCAGAACGUACAAUGGUACUCGAGUUAUGGGCAUGGUAAGGAAUAGCGGUAUGGCUAACAUGGUGGUAGCAGAUAAGGCGCUGUUAUGGGGCUUCCCUGACGAAUGGACUUUCGAAGAGGCUGCAAGUGUACCUGUGGCAUACGGAACUGUAUACUGCGCCUUGAUGAUGGUAGGAAAGAUCCAAAAAGGAGAAUCAAUAUUGAUCCAUGCGGGUUCUGGUGGUGUUGGUCAAGCCGCAAUCAGCGUGGCUCUUCACUUCGGAUGCGAAGUGUUCACUACUGUUGGUACUCCUGAGAAACGAGCCUUCAUAAAAAUACUUUUCCCUCAACUUAAAGACAGUCAUAUCGGUAAUUCUCGUGACACAUCAUUCGAAGCCAUGGUCAGGAAAGAAACAAACGGAAAGGGAGUAGAUUUGGUACUCAAUUCUCUUGCCGAUGACAAAUUACAGGCUUCGAUUCGCUGUCUCGGAUAUCGCGGCCGCUUCUUAGAAAUCGGAAAGUUCGACAUCGGCAACAACACACUCAUCGGCAUGUCCGCCUUCCACAAAGAAAUCUCCUUCCACGGAAUCAUGUUGGACUUCAUCUACGACCAAGGCGAUGAUUUUAGAAAGAUCCUUCAAGAUUUACUGUUAACUGGUAUUAUGAGCGGCGCUGUCCGUCCACUUACGUACUGCAUUUUUGAGAAAAAUCAAAUCGAGACCGCGUUUAGAUAUAUGGCCGCCGGAAAACAUAUUGGAAAGGUGAUUAUUAAAAUUCGUGAUGAGGAACGAGGCGUUCGUUUUACAAAACCAAAGAGCAUAUGCAUGGAAGCUGUUCCUAGAUACAUGUGUGAUGAAGAAUUAGUAUAUGUUGUGGUGGGAGGUUUAGGGGGCUUCGGUCUGGAGCUCACAGAUUGGCUCAUCAUGAGAGGAGCCAGGAAAGUGCUUCUCACCUCAAGAAGGGGAAUCAGUAAUGGUUACCAAUCAUCUCGCCUUAGAGCAUGGACGGGCUAUGGAGCUGAUGUACAAAUUUCAACUCACGAUGUCACAACAGAGGAAGGAUGUGAACGAAUGCUGUCGAUGGCGAACGCUAUGGGAGACGUUCAGGCGAUAUUCAACUUGGCUGUGAUAUUGAAAGAUUCAAUUUUCCAGAAUCAGACCCCAGAGACUUUCAAAGCGUCAUUUGCUCCAAAGGCACAGGCUACGAUGAAUUUGGACAAGCUGUCAAAAAUAAUGUGCCCUAAGUUAAAGGACUUCGUGGUAUUCUCAUCCGUAUCUUGCAGUCGUGGCCUCGCUGGUCAGACCAACUAUGGUUUCUCUAACUCCGUGAUGGAGAAUAUCUGUGAAAGGAGAAAGAAGCUCGGCCUCCCCGCGCUCGCUGUACAGUGGGGUGCUAUAGGAGAUGUGGGUCUCGUAGCAGACAUGCAAGAUGAAAACGUCCAAUUAGAGAUCGGUGGCACCCUCCAACAAAGGAUUUCCUCCUGUCUCCUCACUCUCGACAAGUUCUUGAAACAGGAUUCCGCGAUUGUGUCCUCAAUAGUGGUAGCUGAAAAAAAGAUUGGAAGUUCUGGAUAUGAAAACGUCGUAGAUGCUGUUGCGCAGAUUAUGGGAAUCAAAGAUCUGAAGACAGUAUCUCAGCAAGUGGUUCUUGCUGAACUAGGAAUGGACAGUAUGAUGGUGGUCGAGAUCAAACAUACCUUAGAGCGAGAAUUCGAGAUUUUUGUGACAUUGCAGGAUAUUAGAUCCUUAACAUUAGCGAGGUUAGAAGAAAUAGCAGUAAAAAAUAAAGCAGAAUCAUCGACGUCAGUUUCAUCACAUCCUUUCAUCCUUGAUAAGGCGGCUGGUCUCCGAGUUCUAAUGAGAAACUUUGGUGAUGAAAAUUUGACACCUGAACCUUUUAUAUACAUGCCGUCUAUGGUUAACGAUGGCUCCGAGACCGACGUAUCAGUUCAAGAAAAUGAGUUGACAAUGUUCAUGCUGCCCGGUAUAGAAGGUUGCGCUGCGGAAAUGGCGGCCUUAUGUCGUAGGCUUAAGGUCAAGAUUUGUGUCCUGCAGUACGGCUUUGAAAAUAAGGGGGAUACCUUGGACACCUUAGUCAAUAGAUUGCAUAAGACGAUAAAACCAAAAUUACCUGCUGGAAGUCCAUACAUACUUCUCGGAUACAGUUUCGGGACCUUACCCAUGCUAAUACUGGCAAGCCUGUUGGAAAGUGAAGGUCACAAUGGCAAAUUAUUCUGCAUAGAUGGUAGUCCGGAUUUCCUAUAUAGCAUGGUUACCACAAAAUUGUCCACUACGAGCGACACUCAGUUACAGAACAGCCUCAUUUGCCAUUGUAUAGACAUGAUUUCUCCGAAAAACGACGUCAGUAGCUCGCUCAUGGAGAAACUAAAAGAAAUCGAAUCAUUUGAUGAGAAAAUAAAAUAUGCUAUAACAGAAUCCCAUACUCAGUGGAAAUAUUCCGAUGAAUUCGUCAAAUUGAUUGCAUAUUCUAGUUUUGAUCGUUUUAAAAUGAUCCUCGGCCAAGCCAAGCUGAAGAAGAUCCAGGCUCCAAUUGUCCUAAUGCGUCCGGAUGUUAAUCCACAAUUUUUAGAGUUUGAAGAGAAUUAUGGUCUGGACAAAUAUACUGAAGGUCCCGUGACCGUUCAUCUCUUAGAAGGUAACCAUGUCAGUAUUAUUGAUAAUAAAUACUGUGCGGACAUUAUCAAUAGAGUUUUAGCUGGACAAAAUAAAGCAAGAUUGGACUGAAUCACGUAACAGUAAUGGUUGAUAAGUAGGGAAAAAUGGAUUAAAUAUUUGGUUUUAUCUUCUGGCUUAAGUUUUAAAGGAAUUUAUUGAUAGUGUACACAGUUAUGUCAAAAAAUUAUUAUAAGCAUAUAGUUUUAUUGUUUGUAUUCUAUAAAUAUUCGUUAGGAAAAAGCAAUGAGUGCUGGACCCAGAAUGAAUACAAACUUCAAGUUUAUUGUAUUUAGCUAAUAAUAAAUACGGACAGCGUACCAGCUCUUACAUGAUUCCUCAGUUAAUAUAUAGCUUAGAUAACAGAACAAGAGGAGAAACAAGUAUAAGUUGAAGAUGUAUUAUUUAAAACAAUUAUAGCAAAUAUUGUAUGUAAAUCCAUAAACGUAAUGGCACUCAAGAUAAACGUUCGUGGUUUUAUAGCUCCAUAAUUUAAGUGUUAUUCGGUUGUUUAUAUUGUUAAAUACAUAAAUAAAUAAAUAUAUCUGAAAAUAUAAUAACAAUGGCACCGUUAAUUUACAAAGAAAAAAAAAUAGUGAUAACAUUUAGAUUUCUAAUGUAAGCAUUUGAUAAU